UUGGCUGUACGCCGAGAAAUAGAGCAGAGGAUUCGAGGUGGAAGAAGAAUGUGAGGCCGAACUUGGGAGGAACAUUGACUACGAACAGGUUACGAAUCAUCUCUCUCAAUCAAUCCCUUUCUUCAAUUUGUGAUUCCUCAUUCAAACAGUUUCAAAUCAACAAAUUGGAGCAAUGUCUGGAAUACAAGAGAUAGUGGCGAAAAAAGUGAAGGUUACCAUGAUUGAGAGCUUGAUAAAGAACCAACCAAACACAUUUAGAUCCAUCUUUCAGCGCAAGAAAUCGAAGAAUGAAGAAAAUUCACCUUCCGGUUCUCCUAAAUCCAUCCCUCAACUCUCUCCCUUCGCAAAUUCUGUUGUCGCUCGUUGUUCCAAGAUUCUUCAAAUGCCCACUGAAGAAAUGCAACAACUUUUUGAGUCAGAGUUACCUGGAAUGAAUAAGGAACCUGAAACUUAUUCUAGAUGUUUGUUGGAAUUUUUCUCAUACCAAACACUCUAUUCAAUGAGCAGACGUCCAGAUUAUUUAAGCGACAAGGAUUUUCGUCGCUUGGCAUAUGACAUGAUGCUUGCUUGGGAGUGCCCUGGUAGUGAAAGCGAACCACUACCGCAAGAAACUGCUUCUUGCAGUAAUGAGGAAGUAGAGGAUAAGGAAGAGUGGUCACUAUUUUAUUCAAAUUCUACAAACAUGGCUGUUCAGUUUGAUGACAAGAAAACUGUUGGGCCAGAAGCUUUUUCACGGAUAGCUCCUGCUUGCAUUGCUCUUGCAGAUAUUAUAACUGUUCACAAUCUUUUUGAUUCACUGACGAGUUCUUCAGGUCAUCGACUCCAUUUUCUUGUCUUCGACAAAUAUAUAAGAAGUCUUGACAAGGUUAUUAAGGCAACUAAAAAUGCGUUGCACCCAUCACCUGGAAAUCUUCAUCUUUCUGAAGGAGAAAUUGUCCUUGAAGUUGAUGGUACAGUACCCACUCAACCAGUUCUUCAGCAUAUUGGCAUUUCUGCAUGGCCUGGGAGGUUAACACUGACCAGUCAUGCCUUGUACUUUGAGUCAUUGGGUGUUGGUUUAUAUGACAAAGCUGUUAGAUAUGAUCUGGAAGCCGAUACAAAGCAGAGAAUAAAACCUGAACUUACAGGGCCAUUGGGUGCUCGUCUCUUCGAUAAAGCUGUUAUGUACAAGUCAACAUCUGUGAUGGAACCUGUUUAUUUAGAGUUUCCUGAAUUCAAAGGCAGUUCUCGGCGGGAUUAUUGGCUGGAUAUCUGUCUUGAGGUCCUGCGAGCACACAAGUUUAUCAGGAAGCACAAUCUUAAUGAAACUCAGAAAUCAGAAGUACUUGCAAGGGCAAUUUUUGGCAUUUUCAGAAUUCGUGCAAUUAGAGAAGCUUUUCAUGUUUUUUCAUCGCAUUACAGAACCUUACUCACUUUUAAUCUGGCAGAAAGUCUUCCUGGGGGAGAUUCAAUUUUGGAAACUCUCUUGGGUCGAUUGCUGUUGAUAAAUAUAGAUGGUAUGCAACGUGAUGCUUCUGGGAGCCCACCUGAAAAGCAACAACGACAAUCGUCUCCAAAUUUUCUUCUAGCACUACGUCAACUUGGAUUCACCUUACAGAAAGAGAUAGGUUAUGAAGAUGACGCUGUUUUAGCUGGAGAUGUUUGGGUGGGUGAGACAAAUCCCUUGGAAAUUAUAGUGAGACAAUCCAUAUCAGAUUCAGGCAGGGCUGAAGCUGCACAAGCUACCGUUGACCAAGUGAAAGUGGAGGGUAUUGAUACAAAUCUUGCAGUAAUGAAGGAACUGUUGUUUCCGUUUCUGGAAUUGGCUAGACAUAUUCAGAUUUUGGCCUCAUGGGAAGAAACUUACAAAUCAACAACUUUUCUACUGCUGUUCUGCUUUGCUAUUAUAAGGUUUAACCUUAGAGAGCAGAACAAAGUUCUCCAGGCUCUGAAUUAAUGCUCGUGGUCUCCUUUGGUACAUCUGAUUGCGGCCAAGCAACUAGAUCUUCAAUUCUAAAGAACAUUACUCCCUCUGGUUCCUAUAUAUAUGUAUUGUGUGUGUGUGUGUGUGCAUAUAUAAAGAUUGAUUGAUAGAAGAUAAUUUUGUGAAAACCACGUCUUCAUUGAGAGAAUUGAUAAAAAUACGAAAAGAGCAUAUAAAAAAAGGGCCCAACAGAAGGAGCCAUACAAAACUAACCAUAAAGAAAAGGCUCCAGAGGCUGCACCCUCCUUCCUCAAUUUCAAUCCCUCUAAGAAUUCCAUUGUUUCUCACAAACUGAAAAGUGAAAACCCCCAUGAAAUAACAAAGUAGCUAGAGCAUCCUAGGAACUGACCUUGUCAGAAAACAGAGGGUGAGGAAGAAUCUCUUUCACCAUAUUUAUAUAUAUAGGAAACGAAGUAAUAUAAUCAAACAAGGCAAAAGAAUAACACAGCAUAAAGAGCAAGGGGUUGAGAUGACCCCUCCCGAAGGAACUAACAAAGGAGAGCCUUCCAAUUGUUAAAAAUCAUCCAAAGGCUGUAAUUACAAAAUAAUUGGUGUAAUUUGUACACCACCAAGAAGCUGUAUCUUGAACCUAAAAAGAAUCAAAAGAAACAGACUUAUCAUAAAAAAUUCUACUAUUUCUCUAUUUCCAAAUGCACUAAAGGAGAGACUGCAUGGCACAUCUCCACAGCACUUUUCCUUUGAAAGCAACACUAUCGAACCCUUCAAGAAGCCAAUUGUCAGCUUUGUUAGGGAGGCAGCUCUCCCUAACAAAGCUUUCACCGUAGAGCUUUACAUUCUAUUUUGAGCCAAUCGAACACCAAAGAUAUUUUCUUUAAAAAAAUCUCACACUGAAGAUAUGAACUGGCAACUUCCUCGGUGAUGAUCAUGGUUCACUAGUCUGCACCCUUGAAAAAAGUGCAACUCUGGGUUCUAUUUCAGAUACUUUUAGAUUUUGCAUAGAAAGCACCAAUUGGGGUUUAGUACAUUGUCGGCAUUCCUCUUCUGAAUAUUAUCAUUUGUGGUUAGGGCUCCCAAACAAGGACACGAGAGAAGGAAAUUACAUUUCUUCUAUGUUAUUUGAUGUGAAUGAAAUAUUUUAUUUAAUUAUCAUUAAGGGACAUAGUCAUUUAGUUUCAAUUUUCUUUUAUUCUUCUAAGAUUCAAAAUAUAUUAAUCAAAAUGCACAAAAAUUGUUAAAUAAAAUUACUACACUACAUCAAGAUGCCUUAUUUGGGCUUUAACAAAUCUUGUUCAUACAAAUUCUUUUAAUCACUAAUAAUAAUUCUGGUUAACUAGCAAAGCAAUGAAAAUUUCAUUAUAUGUGAAGUUAACUCGGAACAUGUGAUUAAUUGAAAUAUUACUUUUCUGAGAGUAGAUAAGAUGUUUAAAAUGGUCCAGCAACAUUACUUGUCUUAGUAUUGGCAAAAUGAUAAGGUUCAAUUGUAUGGUUAAUUAAUAUUUAUAAAAUUUCUUUCUUCGUUUUAGCUAUGGUUGCAUUCUGGUUUAAUUAACGGUUAAACUCUCGACUACAUUCCAUAUGUCAAAAUUUUAAUGCUAAGUGAUAUUGGCUGGAGAUGACAUGAUUUUGCCAUUGGAA